AUGUCUUGCUCAUCUCGCGUCUCCUCCUCCAAGGCUGGAGGCAGCGGCUCGGUCAGGGUGUCUGUUGGUAGAAGCAGCUUCAGCAGUGGAAGCAAAUGUGGCCUGGGGGGCAGUUCUACCCGGGGCUUCCGAGGAGGAACCAGCAGCUGUGGCCUGAGUGGGGGAUCUAGCAGUGGCUUUGGGGGCAGCGUUGGUGGGGGCUUUGGUAGCUGCUCAGUAGGGGGAGGUUUUGGAGGAAGCUCAGGCUUUGGCGGGGGUGCUAGCUUUGGGGGGGGCUCUGGAUUCGGCUGUGGAUUCAGUGGGAGUUCAGGCUUUGGCAGGGGCUCUGGGUUCGGUGGAGGGUCUGGAUUCGGUGGCAGUUCUGGUGGAGGCUUCUGCAGCUACGGCGGCGGUAUGGGAGGUGGGGCUGGCGAUGGGGGGCUUUUCUCUGGAGGUGAGAAGCAAACCAUGCAGAACCUCAACGACCGCCUGGCCAAUUACCUGGACAAAGUCAAGGCCCUGGAGGAGGCCAACACUGACCUGGAGAACAAGAUCAAGGAGUGGUAUGACAAAUUUGGGCCCGGGUCGAGAGAUCUGCAUCUGGGAAGAGAUUACAGCAAAACUAUCAAUGUAUUGAACGAUCUCAGAAUAAGCGGUGAACCCGUCGUGGCCUGA